UUUGAUUAUACUGUGGUUUUUCAGCUGUAAAAAUAUUUUCUGAGUCAUUUUUAUAUGGAAUGUGAUUAAACUAUGUUAAAGUGAUAUAUAAAAUAUAGUAUGGGUAGUUUGAAAUCUAAAUUAUUCGAUACAAUGGAAAUAUCCGACGCUAAAGAAGCUAAAAUACCCAAAUUAUAUGUACCUGUUGAGGAGUUUCAGUUUCAUGGUCCUCUUGAAGAUGAUACCAGCAAUGGGUUAUUUUUGAAUGACGUCUAUUUUCCAGAGGAAAUUAUAAUCAAAAUUCUCACGUUCCUUCCACCUGAACAAUUAUUACCUUUAAGUUUGGUGUGUAAAAAGUGGUGCAACAUUAUUAAAUCUGAUAGUUUUUGGAUGGAUGUAUAUAAUAAUCAAUUUCCUAAUAAAGCUAAAAGGUUGCCUUGGUACGUGUACUACUUAUAUUAUUCGACAGAUGAUUUCAGAAACUUACUAAAAAAUGGCAACGGGCAGGAAGGAUUUAAGCAUUGGACAAUAUUAAAAAAUUUUGGUGAUGAAUUUAUUAUAGAACCAGUCCCUAAAGGAAGUGAUCCCCUUCCUGAGGGUGUUCCGGAAUUUUGUGGACGUAAGAGCUGUUUUACAACCUCAUUUUACGAAUGCUGUAAAAUACAGGUAAUACGUUUGGAAAACAAACGACUUCUUAGGUAUGUAAUUAAUAAGUUUAAACCCCAUAUUUAUGUAAGUGAAUGGUAUGCUGGGAGAUUCGAUUGUGGCUGUGAGUACAAACUAACAAUUAAAGGUCUAGCUUCUGAAAGUAUGCAGAAACCUAUGGAGGAUGAAGACCUGGAAAUAGAGUAUGAUAGAAUGGAGUAUCAUAGAACAGAAGGAGAUGAAAUUGUUUUAUUUUCUCUUUUGAAACCUGCUAUUAUACCGCAAUGGGAAGGCAAAGAAUGGAAUAAGAUGGAGAUAACGGUAGACGAAUAUGAAUCUAAAACCCUUAAAACGCUAGUAUUUCAGCAUGAAGGUGUCGACACACAAUUUUGGAAAGGACAUUAUGGAAGUAAAAUGGCAGGAGGGGUCGUCAAAUUUCUUUUUGAAAGUAUACAACCGAUAGAGGAACAUAUUGAGGAGCCUUGUGAUUGAUACAAAAACAUGCCUAUUUUCUACACAGAAGCAGUCAAAAAUUUUUAUUUGUUUUCUAUUUUGGCUCUUUUAUAAGUCAUAUUUAAAUUCUAUGAUGUUUUUGAUAAAGGGCUUAAGUCAGAAUUUCAAAAUGUUUUGAUGCCUUCUGGGCCAAAAAAAUUUGCUCUUUUUAUUGGUACAUACGGUUUAAGUCUACAACAGUUGUAUUAUCUACAACAGUUGUAGACUUAAACCGUAUGUACCAAUAAAAAGAGCCGAUUUUUUUGGUCCAGAAGGCAUCAAAACUUUAUUGUUGAGAAAUUCUGACUUAAGCCCUUUAUCCCAAACAUCAGAGAAUUUUAAUUCUAUAUUUAUUGUCUAUAUGAAUAACUAAACAUUGUUUUAUAUUUUCGCGAUAUUGUUUAUUCUAAUCCAUGUUAGCUACAACUUUUAUUCUAUUAUAUUUGUUUUAUAUAUGUCUAAAAUAAAUAAGAUAAAUGAUCAAUUACAAACUGGAUCUCACAUACGUUACACUUGUCCGUUCGCCAUUUUGUUGGGGACAAGUGUAACCCAUGCAUUGGUUAUGUAAUGUGAACUAAUGUGCGGUUUCCAUGCGUUAAAAAAAAGGACUACCUUCUAUUAGGUACUCACUUGAACGUUUAAAUAAUUUAACAAUUCUCUUCGGAUUUACAUGCCGCGACAACACAUAGGUACCUGUUCUCACUAAAAACUCACUAUGCAAUGAAAAAUUGUCAACGAUCUGUCCACUGUCAAAUUCAAACCGUAAAUGAAUGGCUAGCGGUCCCAGCUACCACAGAGCAUAUGAAGGUUAUAAAUAGGUUAGUAUUCAAUAGGUGGAGCCAUUUUACAAAAGUUCAGUUUAGAAAAAUAAGCAUUGGUUCCACUUACUCCGGUGUACCUUACUGAAAUUAUGAUUCACUUCAUUCUACUAUACCUGGUUAGCUCCUGGCCGGUUCCUAAUAAGCAUUGGUUCCACUUACACCAGUGUACCUGAAAUUAUGUUUAAUUUCAUUCUACUAUACUUGGUUGGUUCUUGGCCAGUUCCUAAUAAGCAUUGGUUCCACUUACUCAAUUUCAUUCUACUAUACUUGGUUGGUUCUUGGCCAGUUCCUAAUAAGCAUUGGUUCCACUUACUCCGAUGUGCCUUACGUAAAUUAUGUUUCAUUUCAUUCUACUAUACUUGGUUGGUUUCUUGCCGGUUCCUAAUAAGCAUUGAUUCCACUUACUCUAGUGCUAGUGUACCUUACUUAAAUUAUGUUUCAUUUCAUUCUACUAUACUUGGUUGGUCCUUGACCAGUUUCUAAUAAGCAUUGGUUUCACUUACUCCAGUUCACCUUACUUAAAUUAUGUUUCAUUUCAUUCUACUAUACUUGGUUGGUUCUUGGAUAGUUCCUAAUAAGCAUUGGUUCCACUAACUCCGAUGUACUUUACUUAAAUAAUGUUUCAUUUCAUUCUACUAUACUUGGUUGGUCCUUGACCAGUUUCUAAUAAGCAUUGGUUCCACUUCCUCCGGUAUGCCUUACUUAAAUUAUGUUUCAUUUCAUUCUACUAUACUUGGUUAGUUCCUGGUCGGUUCCUAAUAAGCAUUGGUUCCACUUACUCCGGUGUACCUUACUAAAAUUAUGUUUCAUUUCAUUCUACUAUACUUGGUUGGUCCUUGACCAGUUUCUAAUAAGCAUUGGUUCCACUUACUCCGCUGUAGCUUACUUAAAUUAUGUUUUAUUUCAUUCUACUAUACCUGCUUGGUUCCUGGCCGAUUCCUAAUAAGCAUUGGUUUCACUUACUCCAAUGUACCUUACUUAAAUUAUGUUUCAUUUCAUUCUACUAUACUUGCUUGGUCCUUGACCAGUUUCUAAUAAGCAUUGGUUCCACUUACUCCGAUGUAUUUUACUUAAAUUAUGUUUCAUUUCAUUCUACUGUACUUGGUUGGUCCUUGACCAGUUUCUAUAAGCAUUGGUUCCACUUACUCCGCUGUACCUUAGUUAAAUUAUGUUUCAUUUCAUUCUACUAUACUAGUCAUUACAAAAUAUUACUGAAAUUCUUUUUUGGGUGCCGUCUUCUUAACGAAGGUUGGCCAUGACUUCUGCAAAGUCGUCUCUAUUUUUGGGCUUUUCUUAUUAGACUUUGAAAGUCUAAUCCUGUCAAUUCUUUGAUGUUGCGCAGCUAGGUCAUUUGUCGUCUACCCGGGCCGCGUCUUUCUUCUAUUUUCCCUUUUAUAAUAAGUUGAAGGAAGUUAUAGCUGUCUUGAGUAAAUAUGUGUCCAAGAUAAAAUGUUUUACGUUUAAAUUCUUCUUAUUUAUCUUAAUUUUAUCGCAAGUUAACUCAAUCAGAAAAAUCACAGAUGAAUUUUGUAUUAUUAAUAUUUGUUAGUGUUAAAAAAUAAUAAUACAUAAUGUAUGUGAUAUAUUCCUGUGAUGAAGUCUUUUAUAUCACAUUUUUAUUUGAUAUGCAUUAUAAUCAUAUUAUUAAUAUAAAAGCUUAUAGCAUCAAUUAUGUAGUAUAAUUUAAAAACGUACAAUAAAGAUUCAGCUUUUUAUUGCA